UGAAAAUUCAGAUGGAUUCAGUGCACUUAGCUUAGCUUCGGUUUUGUGUUACAAAAAAUUGCAGGGUCCCGAGAAAAGGGUGGGUGCUGGGUUCCUUGAGCACUGAACAAAGCAAAAAGGGGUCUCUCAAGCUCCGCCAUAAGUCCAAGGUUGCUCUGUGUAGGAUUUCAUUUUUUGAACGAGGAAAAAAUAUGCAACUUUGGUUGCAAAGGCUUUAGGUGUUAGGUUCAUUCUCUAUGCAUAAAAAGUUUAGUUUAAGAUUGGUGUACUUCUUGUAAGAUGGAGUCCCUUUGGAAACUUGUGUAUCUGCUGGAGCCCGCACCUGUCACCCUCAUAACUACAGCUGUAGCUGUGACAUUUGCAUCUGCUUUUCGAGCUCUAAAUUACGGGAAAGAAAUGGAGCGUAAUCGCGACUUAUCAGAAGCAUCCAUUACACUGGAUAGGUCACAAGCAUUGAUGAUACCAGUGAUGAGCUCUUUCAGCUUGCUUUUGAUGUUCUACUUGUUCUCGUCUGUGUCACAGCUUCUCACAGGGUUCACUGCAGUUGCUUCUGCAUCAUCCCUUUACUUCUGCUUGUCUCCUUAUGUUGCCUAUUUGAAGUCACAGUUUGGUUUAGCUGAUCCUUUUGUGUCACGCUGUUGCUCAAAAUCUUUUACACGAAUCCAAGGGCUGCUAUUGAUAUCAUGCUCCAUCGUGGUGGCUGCUUGGCUUGUCUCUGGUCACUGGAUACUGAAUAAUUUACUAGGCAUAUCGAUAUGCAUUGCUUUUGUAAGCCAUGUGCGCCUCCCAAACAUCAAGAUUUGUGCAAUGCUCCUUCUUUGUCUAUUUGUCUAUGACAUUUUCUGGGUUUUCUUCUCUGAAAGAUUUUUCGGGGCAAAUGUCAUGGUAUCAGUCGCGACACAGCAAGCAUCAAAUCCUGUGCACACGGUUGCUAAUAGUUUGAGUCUUCCUGGGUUGCAACUGAUAACAAAGAAAUUGGAGUUGCCUGUAAAGAUUGUAUUUCCCAGAAAUUUGUUGGGUGGUGUUGUUCCUGGAGAGAGUGCAACAGAUUUUAUGAUGCUUGGUUUAGGGGACAUGGCUAUCCCUGGAAUGCUCCUGGCUUUAGUUCUCUGCUUUGAUUAUCGAAAGAGCCGGGAUACGGUAAAUCUCUUUGAGUUACAUUCUUCGAAAGGGCACAAAUAUAUUUGGUAUGCAUUGCCUGGUUAUGCAAUUGGUCUGGUGACUGCUUUGGCAGCUGGUGUCUUGACCCACUCUCCUCAACCUGCACUUUUAUAUCUGGUGCCUUCUACCCUGGGACCUGUAAUCGCCAUCUCCUGGAUUAAAAAGGAGCUACUUGAGUUGUGGGAAGGAGACAUGCCAAAUUUCAAUGAUAAGGAUCGCGAAAUAGAAGUUUAGUCCAUUAUUGUAGUUUCCAUGCACACCUAACCGGUGCUUUUAUAGCGAAGCUGAAAAAAAAAAGGGUUGUAAAUUCACUAAGGAUGUUUCAUCUUGAGACUCAUCAAGAAAAGUUACACUAAAUGUUGAUGAUGAUGUUAUUAUGUCUUGGAUCUCUCUUAUUUAUUCGCUAUACAUGAAUUGAGAAGAAAAUUUACAUGAA